CAGGCGUCGACAUCAAAGAGUGUCGUAACUCUGCUAACGUUAGCUAACGUUUUACAAAACGACCGUUUUCUGCAAGAUUGCCUUGUUGAUCACCUAAAAUGCAAAGUAUUUAACUACCUAAAUGUUCGUAAGAUUAGUGUUAGGAAAACAUUAUCCGUUGCGUCGCGUGCUUCAACCAUAGGCUUCAACCGAGACCCUUCCCAUUCACUUUCCGGCAUUAACCAUUUGAGACUGUGGGCGUUAACGUGUCGUGCACGUGCACGUGAUUUUGAACUCGGCAGCACAGGAGAGACCACGGCAGUUCGGCUAACAACUUAAAACUAAAGUGUGAAUCUAUCAGGAUGUCAGACAGCGAGUCCAUUAAGAAAAUGUUGCGGUCUGUACUUCAGUCCAGCAAACACGGGGUGUCUUUUAGCACCCUGCAGGUAGAGUACCAGUCACUGUGCGGAGAGAGCAUCCCGCUGAGGAAGCUGGGCUACUCCAAACUGGAAGACUACCUCACGAGCAUCCCCUCGGUCGUCCGCAUGGAUUACCGCAUGGGAGAGGUGAAAUGCUUUGCUGCAGUGUGUGGAGAGACGGCCCACAUUGCUGAGCUGGUGGCCAAGCAGAAGAACGCCAAGAGGGCUGGCCGCUCCCAAUUCGUCAACUGCAAGAUGAGAUUCAAACCGUCUAACUCGUACAUGCUCAACGUGAGGCCACGGUCUAGUCUCCGCCAACCCAUAGUUGGUGGUCCCUCUAGCUGGAUAGCAAACCGCUCUCGGUCCGCUGCAGGCCACGGAGGCUACAGCGCUAGCGCCUCAGGAAGCUACAGCGCCUCAGGAAGCUACAGCGCCUCAGGAAACUACAGCGCCUCAGGAAACUACAGCGCCUCAGGAGACUACAGGCAAUUGGGCCGAAGCUUCAGCUCUCACGUCCCUGUCCCAUACAGACAACCCGUUUUUCAUCAUGCUCCUCAACCGACUUACCAACCAGCCCCUCGAACAGCUGUAGAACAUUGUUUGGUGCCUGACAGGAAAGAGAAGAGCUUGGCAAACGUUCAGAAGCCCAGUGAACAUUUCACAGCAAAGCCUCCUGAAAAGGUCUCCAGCCUUGGUCAACCCAAGUCCGGUCUGUAUGACAUGGAGCUGAUGCAGAGCAGAAUAACUGAACUCCUGAUGAUGUACUUCAGUGGAUUGUGGCUGUCUAAACUAUCAGCCGUCUACAGCGAUAUGUUCAGUCAGACGCUCCACCCUCAGGUGCUCAUAGAUCUGGAAAAGUGGACCCACAUCGCUUUGGUGGAAAAAUCUCCCAGCCGAUUGGACCGCCUCGUCUACCCUCCUCUGCCCCCUAAGACUAGUACUGUUCGUAAAAGUAGCAUGACCAAUGGGGCUCCAGCACCACCCACCGAUUCAAGAAGUAUCACCAAACCUGUUUCUACCUGUCCCCCAACAUCCGACACAACUUCCUCAACCCCCCGCUGUCCUAUCCCUGUCCCUAAACCCAGUCUUUCCCCCUUAGCUAAGCCCACCUUCCUUUUUCCUCCACAAACUGUCACUUUCUCUCCAUGUAAACCAUUGUCUUCAGUCACAUUGCGCAGUCCCGCCCGCAACCCAGCACUUGCUCCACAUUUGCAGCGCUUUGUUAAUCUAGUCAAUCCCAAUGAUGGUGGAGAUAAUCACAACUUUCCUACAACUACCCACAUCCAAAACAGUCGUUCCUUCGCCCCUACCUGGACUUGCCUGGCAUCCACUAAAGCUCCUCCAUCAGCUUCUUCCCUCCAUCCUGGCCCUGAGAUUUUACCCCUUUUAAAGGUCACCUUCGCCUCUUACUCUGAACCUGUUCCUUGCCCUGCCUCGAAAGCUUCUGCUGAUGUUGUGCCUGCUGAGGUGCGUCAGAGAAUAAAGGAGCUUCUGUUAAAGUACAGUCAAGGUCUGUGGGCCCACGCUCUGCCCAAACUCUUGAUGGACACAUAUAAGACGCCAUUCCCCGAACAUGUUCUGAACAACUUGUCUCUUCUGCUGGAUAUAUGUACUGUGGAGUACCCUGUUCCACAUGACAAGAAGAAGGCCAUCCUGUAUUACUCCAGUAAAGCCGACAUAAAAGCCGCAGACAGCCAGGAAAGCCAGCAGUGUAGACACCGUCUCCUUCCCUCUGGUCUGGAGGUCCUGGGGUCUGCGGUGCCUCAAGGUCUGCUUCUUCCAGCGGAACAGUACCCUUCUGUGCUCGUCACUGAGGCCAAAGGCAGCAAUGUUGUUACGUUAAGGUAUGUAGGUGAGAACUAUUCCAAUGCCCAGGAGGCCAUGGAGGAAGCAAUGCGCACGUUCUACAGCCAAGGCUCCACCCACCAUCCUCUGUCUAGACCUGUGAUUGGUCAGCUGGCAGCCGUCAGAGGGGAGGAUGGAGAGGACUUGGCAAGAGCUCAAGUCAUCGAGAUUCUGACCCUUAACAAGGUCAAGGUGUACUAUGUGGACCAUGGCUUCUAUGUGGAAACCAGCGGGACUAAUCUGCUGGAUCUGCACCAGGACUUCCUCUCUCUGCCCUUCCAGGCUUUCAAUGUUAGACUCGCAGGUCUCGAGGCAUUUGGCUCCCACGCACUGGUGGUGUUAUCUGUGGAGAAGUUGGUAGUCGGAAAAAUUCUGCUGAUGGAGACGUUGGAGCCAUGUCAAGAGAAUGAGACGCCUGUGGCCGUUCUGUACGACACGUCUCAGGAUGAUGACAUCAACAUGAACUCUGCCUGCCGGAAGGCUCUCCAGGACGACACCAUGAAAAACCCUCUGACUGUAAAGGCUACCUAUCAGGAUGUGUGUGUCACAAGUGUGUGUGCAGAUGGUAUCAUCUACUGCCAGCUGCCCUCCAGAGGAACCGCACGACUCAACAAGUUAAUGGAGGAAACGGAGACCUUCUUCUUCUCCCAGAUGACGUCUGAUUUCUUGGUGUCCAGACCCUUCAGUGGCAAGUUCUGCCUAGCCCGUCACAAAGGAAUGUGGUCCAGAGUGGAGAUCACCAACAUUUUUGGCAACAGAGUGAUUGAGAUCCUCUUCAUCGACCUGGGUGUCCAGGCUACUAUAGAGGUCACUGAUCUCAGAGAGAUCCCCUCUCUUUUCCUGGAAAACUUCAUCAUCAUCCCACCACUGGCUCUGAAAUGUCGCCUGGCUGACCUCACAGUCCCAGAGGGAGACUGGAGCCCAGAGGCCGUCCGGUUUGUGAAGGAGGCUGUCCUGGGCUCUGAUGACUGUAAAAUUAAGAUCCACAAAUUAGACCAGCACAAAGGGGACUGUCUGAUCUACAUGUACCUCUUCAUUGGGGCUGACAGUCAGGAGCUGGACAAGAGCAUCAACCAUCAGCUGGCCAAGUCACAGCUGUGGCAGCAGCUCACAACACAGAACAACAACACCAACAACAACACAAUCACCAACAACACAAUCACCAACAACACAAUCACCAACAACACAAUCACCAACAACAAUGGCGGAGUGGAUUCAGGUCUGAGUGCUUUAGUGGAGAAGUUGACUCCCGGCCCGGCCCCUUACCCCAUCGCCAAGACUUCAAGCCAAGCUGUUCUCGGGGCAGGGGCAGGUCUUCCAGAUACGACCUCCAAAGCUGGGAUGCAGCCCCUUCCCCUGCCUCCUUCACUGGACUUCCCCCAGCCUGGUCAGAAUAUGGAUGUGUUUGUGCCAGUGGCCUGCCACCCCGGUUACUUUGUGCUGCAGCAAUGGCAGGACCUGCAUAAGCUGGUGGUGUUGAUGGGGGAGAUGGUUCUUUAUUAUAACCAGUCGUCCAAGAUCGACUCCUCUGCCCCAAAUAUCGAGAAAGGAGGGAUCUACGCAACCAAAAUAGACAAGAAUUGGCAUCGCGUGCAGGUGAAGGGGAUUCUGGCCAACGGCUUGGUUUCUGUCUUCGAGUUGGACUACGGAAAACAUGAGCUGGUCCGCAGCACUUUCCUCCGGCCUCUGAUCGAGGAAUUCAGACAGCUGCCCUUCCAGGCUAUCACUGCACAACUGGCAGGUGCGACGCAGCACCAGUGGUCAGAGGAGGCCUCCAUGUUGUUCAGGAACCACGUGGAGGACCGAGCGCUGGUCGCCCAGGUGGAGAGUGUGUGCGAGGUCAAAGGUGAGCUCUGGGAGUGCAGGUUGUCGGUUUACCUGGUGGACACUACAACUGAGGAGAGGGACCUGUGGAUUCACAGCCUCAUGGCCGACAUCGGCGGAGAGCUGUCUUCGGCUGCCUAGGACUUCUUAUCAUGCACCAUGGUAAACAAUUGUAUCUUUGAAAGCCAAAAAGUUGCUUUCUCGGCCCUCGGUUUGAUUUCAGCGUUCUGGAUUGAUCUCCUAAUCAAAGACUUUGAAUAAGCACGUUUGAAUAUUUCUGUAUUAUUGUUAAGGGCCAUGUCAACGUGAGACAGGAGGGGAUUUUUUGAGUUACCUGUAUGUUGCAUGUUUUGUCUUUGUACUACUAAAUUCCACCACUGAUUUGUUCUUGUUUGCUGUGCUUAAUGCAUUCUGCUGUGUGGUUUACUUUGCUUGCUUCAUUUUGUUAAUAUGUUUUUACAUUAAUCAAUAUUAAAUGACUUGACAGCCUUUAUCUACAUUUUAGUUUGAACCUCUCAGGAACAGCUUGAUUAUAGUGUGACUUGGCUGAGAAUAAGUUGUAAUGUUUUACUGUUUCAACAUUAAAGUUGUUGGUUAGCACACACACAGCUGCUCCACUCUCAGGGCCUUCACACACUAACAUCAUCCAACAUGACUGUGGAGGUGAUGGAGACGCCUUCUGCUGGUGGAGAAAUUCUAAGACUGCAGUCACAGUACUGAAUCCUGAUUGGAUGACCGCAGAUCCUGGUUAAAAUGACAGAAGCUUUACAAUUAUCUAUAUUAUUCAUAUGUUUUAGUCCUUACUUCCAGGGAAUACGUUUUGGGUAAUAAAAAAAAAACAUAA